AUGGCCGCACGCAAAAAGAGGCAGGUCGAUGCCGAGUCUGCACCAGUGACCGUGGCAGAGGGCAUGCAUACCCAUGGUGUGCUCAACCAACAUCCGAACUCAUUCCGGUCCCAAGGCUCGAGCGAUGGCAGUGGCGCUUCCAAGCCGGAAGUGCCCUCGGGCCCCGCUUUCCGCAUAGGCUUUGCCGAGGAUCCCAACUCACGAUUCCGAAGGGCGAUGGAAGAUGCACAUGCCUUUGUCUAUGACUUUGGCGAUGUUCCGGGCCAAGGCUUCUUUGGUAUAUUCGAUGGACAUGCGGGAAAAGAUUCGGCAGAAUGGUGCGGACGGAACUUUCAUCAGCAACUUCUGGCAAACAUCAGCAGCAGCCCGGAAAAGCCCGUGCCUGAUCUGCUCAAUUCCACAUUCCAUUCGGUCGACAAGGAGCUCGCGAACCUUGCUGCGCAAACGGGCACCUCGAGCGGCUGCACUGCUGCCGUGGCGUUUUUGCGAGUCGAAGACGACGCCGGCUCAAAAGGUGACCAGGCAUCUUCAGAAGACACGGCUCCCGCUGCCGAAGGUACGACCGAGCGAGCCCAGUCCGGCACUGGUCUGUGGGGCAAGAUCUCGAAGCGCUUCGAAUCCAGUGAUCACGCCGACAAGGCCCAGCCGAGCCAAGCAGCCAGGAGGGUGCUGUACACUGCCAAUGUCGGUGACACUCGGGCCGUGCUCUGUCGGAAUGGCCAGGCCGUUCGUCUCACGUACGACCACAAGGGCUCGGACGCUCAAGAGGCGAAGCGCAUCACGGACGCCGGAGGCUUCGUGAUGAACAACCGCGUCAACGGAGUGCUUGCCGUCACACGGUCGCUCGGAGACUCCAAUAUGAAAGAGUUUGUCGUCGGCUCGCCCUACACUACCGAGACCGUGCUCGGUAGCGAAGACAGCUUCCUCAUCAUUGCAUGCGAUGGCCUUUGGGACGUGGCAGAGGACCAGGAAGCAGUCGACAGGAUCCGCGACAUCCAAGAUCCACAGCAAGCCGCCGAAAAGCUCGUCCAGCACGCUCUCAGCGAAUUCAGCACCGACAACACCUCCAUCAUGGUCAUUCGCUUUGCCCAAUGA